UCCCCCUCCCCACUUUGGCAGGACAGUUGCUGUGCGACUUGGACAGUAGAGGAGCGCCUCCCAAGUUUUCAUCCAACUGCCACCCCCAAAGCUUCCACCCUCCUCCCCUCAGAGAGAGGACGUUUGAUGCCUGGCCCCUGAGAUUCUCAUUGGCAAGCCCCUCUGGGUCCCCCUGAGCAGAGCCUGCCGACCCAAUUGCCCACCUUUGCGGCUUUGAUGCUUAGCCAUGUCUGCCUCAUCCUCAGGCGGCUCCCCCAGGUUUCCAUCGUGUGGGAAGAACGGAGUAACGAGUCUCACACAGAAAAAGGUCUUGAGAACACCUUGUGGCGCACCCAGUGUAACUGUGACGAAAUCUCAUAAGCGCGGAAUGAAAGGGGACACCGUGAAUGUACGGCGGAGUGUCCGGGUGAAAACCAAGAAUCCACCUCACUGCCUGGAGAUCACACCACCAUCUUCAGAAAAGCUGGUCUCGGUAAUGCGAUUAAGUGACCUCUCUACAGAAGACGACGAUUCAGGUCACUGUAAAAUGAACCGUUACGAUAAGAAGAUUGACAGUCUAAUGAAUGCGGUCGGUUGUCUCAAAUCUGAGGUCAAGAUGCAGAAAGGAGAACGUCAAAUGGCCAAAAGGUUCCUGGAGGAGCGGAAGGAGGAGUUGGAGGAGGUGGCUCAUGAACUGGCAGAGACAGAGCAUGAAAACACAGUGCUCAGACACAACAUUGAGCGCAUCAAGGAGGAGAAGGACUUUACUAUGCUUCAGAAGAAACACCUCCAGCAGGAGAAGGAGUGCCUCAUGUCAAAAUUGGUAGAGGCUGAAAUGGAUGGAGCAGCCGCUGCUCCAGGCUGGGGGAGGGCACACUUAACUGCUCAGUCCCAACCCCCCACUCUCACUUCCUGGGCCUUGGAGAAACAGAUGACUUGCACUGACAUCAACACCUUAACGAGGCAGAAGGAACUUCUCCUGCAGAAACUGAGCACUUUUGAAGAAACCAACCGCACCCUCCGAGAUCUGCUGCGAGAACAACACUGCAAAGAGGAUUCUGAGAGACUAAUGGAGCAACAAGGUGCAUUGCUGAAGCGUCUGGCAGAGGCGGACUCAGAGAAAGCGCGCCUGCUGUUACUGCUGCAAGACAAGGACAAGGAAGUGGAAGAGCUUCUCCAGGAGAUACAAUGUGAGAAGGCUCAAGCAAAGACAGCAUCUGAGCUCUCUAAGUCCAUGGAGUCCAUGCGUGGACAUCUACAGGCACAGCUCCGGUGCAAAGAGGCUGAGAACAGUCGCCUGUGCAUGCAGAUCAAGAACUUGGAGCGCAGUGGGAACCAGCACAAGGCGGAAGUGGAAGCCAUCAUGGAGCAGCUGAAAGAACUGAAGCAAAAGGGAGACCGAGACAAAGAGACCCUGAAGAAGGCCAUCCGAGCCCAGAAGGAGCGAGCUGAGAAGAGUGAGGAGUAUGCCGAGCAGUUACAUGUGCAGCUUGCUGACAAGGACCUUUAUGUUGCCGAAGCUUUAUCUACUCUGGAGUCAUGGAGGAGCCGCUACAACCAGGUUGUGAAAGACAAAGGAGACCUUGAGUUGGAGAUUAUCGUCUUAAAUGACCGGGUGACAGAUCUUGUAAACCAACAACAAAGCUUGGAGGAGAAGAUGCGGGAAGACCGGGACAGCCUGGUGGAGAGACUGCACCGGCAGACCGCCGAGUAUUCUGCAUUCAAGCUGGAGAACGAGAGGCUCAAGGCUAGCUUUGCCCCUAUGGAGGACAAGCUCAACCAGGCUCACCUGGAGGUCCAGCAGCUGAAGGCAUCGGUGAAGAACUACGAGGGGAUGAUCGACAACUAUAAGAGCCAGGUGAUGAAAACCAGAUUGGAGGCUGAUGAAGUGGCUGCCCAGCUAGAGCGCUGUGAUAAAGAGAACAAGAUCCUUAAAGAUGAGAUGAACAAAGAAAUUGAGGCGGCCCGCCGGCAGUUCCAGUCGCAGCUGGCUGACCUGCAACAACUACCUGACAUCCUCAAGAUCACAGAGGCCAAGUUGGCCGAGUGCCAAGACCAGCUGCAGGGCUACGAGAGGAAGAAUAUCGACCUCACAGCCAUCAUUUCAGACCUGCGCAGCCGGAUCGAACACCAGGGGGACAAGCUGGAGAUGGCGAGAGAGAAACAGCAGGCUUCCCAGAAGGAAAAUAAACAACUGAGUCUGAAGGUGGAUGAACUGGAGAGGAAACUGGAGGCCACCAGCGCCCAGAAUGUCGAGUUCCUACAGGUGAUUGCCAAGAGGGAAGAGGCAAUCCACCAGGCUCAGUUGCGGCUGGAGGAGAAAACACGGGAGUGCGGGUCCUUGGCAAGGCAGCUGGAGAGUGCCAUUGAAGAUGCCAGGCGGCAGGUGGAACAAACCAAGGAGCAGGCCCUCUCCAAGGAGCGAGCAGCCCAGAGCAAAAUCCUGGAUCUUGAGACCCAGUUGAGCAGGACCAAGACAGAACUUGGCCAGCUGCGGCGGACUCGUGAUGAUGCGGAUCGUCGAUACCAAAGCCGGCUACAGGAUCUGAAAGACCGCUUGGAACAGUCUGAGAGCACCAACCGCAGCAUGCAGAAUUAUGUCCAAUUCCUCAAGUCCUCCUAUGCCAACGUAUUUGGGGAUGGCCCUUAUACAUCCUCUUAUCUGACGAGCUCACCCAUUCGCUCCCGAUCUCCCCCUGCCUGAGGCCACCUGUCCAGAGUCUAAAGCCCUUGCCUGAUGCCAGGAACUGAGGAGUUGCCAUCCUAUAGCUGGCAAGCCCACUGGCUUUCUCUUCUAGUGAUCAAAUGUGCUCAGGGUCUGUUCCUCCACUCCUAAUCCCAGGAAAGCCCCCAGGGCAGCUAGAGAUGAAUAAGGAAGAACAUAGUUCUUUCCUUGUCUGUGAGCCUGGUAGGAUUUGAAAUGGUCUUCACAGGCCUUAUAUUUGCUACAUUAGGUACCAGAUUUUUAAGUCCUUGUGAUUUUUCAGAGUCUGCUUCCUUUCCUCUAGGGAUUCAGGAUGAACUUUCCCUGCAUUCUUCUUCCAACCCUCACCUUGCUAUGCAUCCAUGUCUUUGGUUUAUCUGAGCUGAAGUAGCAGGAGUCUUCCUUGGACUAAGAAACACCUAAAUCACCCUUUCCUUUUUUUAAGUUUAUUUUUAUUCUAUUUUACUAAAAAUAAAACUUUAUGUGUAUCAAGAAAUAGUGAAAUCAGAUAAAUUAGUAACUGAGUGAGUCUCUGCUUCUAUCAGCAUAAAAGUCAAAUGGAGUCAGAAAGAUGUAACAUGUUCUCCUAGAGUGAUUAAUGGUCACAGCUCCCUUUGCUCCUUUGGAAUCUGUAGCUGCAGAUGUCAUGAAGUGGAGUAGUCACAGCUACAGUAGUCAACUAUGAAUUGUUUCAGCACAAAGCUAACAGCAGCAAGUGUGCUCACAUCAAUGUAUUCUGUUUUCAUGGUGCUGUUAACACUUUAAAAAAAAAUACUUUAAUUCAUCACCUCUUAUUGGCAAGGAAAAUAUGCAGUGCUUCAGGAAUUUUUGUGUCAUGCUUGAGCAGAGACCAUGCUAAUCUGUGUUCUGAUUUUACUAUAUGUGCUGAUGAAGUGAGCAUGCUUUUUCCUUCUUGAUGGGUAAGGCAGGAAUUGCUGUUGUCUGUAGCGCCAAUGGACACCUCCCACGUCUGCAUUUCCUAGAAGCCACCUGUCCCCACCACUUCACAAAAGCUAAUGUCCAUCUGGCUUACAAGUAUAAUUCUAAUCUCAUUGCUUUUCUUUUCUCUUUGAACCUCUGAAAUUCACUUAUUUUUGAAAUUUUUGCGUGAUUUUAUUAGAAAUAAAGUUUUAUAAUUGGUUAUGUAAAA